GCCACACGUGCAACGUUGGUGGGAGUGUCUGCCGCGAGUAGAAAUCUAUUCCUCUCCUGCGGACAACUAGCAGCAAUCUCUCCAUUCCCAAAGCUGACUCUCAAAAUCAACUAGAGGAAUUGACUCGGGCUGAAUAGGACUUCAAAAACAAAUCUGUUGUAGAGAAAUUGAUCGUAUUUUGACUGUUUUCAGCCAACAGAAUGCCAUUGUGGCGGGUUACCGUUGUCUUGAUGUGGUAUUUGAUCGCGUUGAGCUCUGCGCGCAGGACUGGUGCUGAAGACGGAGAGGUUUUGGAGAAAACGAACAGCGCGAGAUGUACUUCGCGCUGCUUCAGUCUGCACAUGACACAACUCACAGCAUCUUUUAAACAUCUUCAGAGUGAUGACGUCUUGGGCUGGUGUGAGAGCCACCGGAGGUGUUCACAGUGCUCCCUACCAUACUCUGUUUGUUUAUGUGCUUGUUUGCAGUGCCUACAGCCAUGCAAGGAACUGUGGGAGACCAGAAAAGACCUGUCUCAGAAACCAUGCGAGAAGCAUCAUGAGUGUGUGACCAGUUGGGAGUUCUUGGUGUCUCUGAGGUCAGGGAAGCAGGGGGACUGCCCCCCUCCCCAGCGAGCCAUGGGAUUUGCUGCUGCCUGCGUGGAGAGCUGCUCCACUGACAAACACUGCUCUGCCUCCAAGAAGUGCUGCUCCAAUGGGUGCGGACACACCUGCCAGGCUCCAGCCAAUCUCUAUAAAGGCGUACCUCUGAAGCCCAGGAAGGACAUAUUAUUCCUGGAGGACCAGCAGGGUCAACUGGAGGUCAGAUGGAUGUCAAAGUUCAAUGUGACCAUCGAACCAGUUCUCUACAUCCUGCAGCGCAGGUGGAACCACGGAAUACACCCCAGCGAGGACGACGCCUCGCCCUGGCACACCGUCGUCAUGACGAUGGAGGACCGAGCGGUGCUGAAGGACAUCCGUGCCCACAGGUGGUACCAGUUUAGGGUGAGCGCUGUCAACAGCCAAGGCACCCGCGGCUUCACCACCCCCAGCAAACACUUCUUCUCAACCAGAGACCCGUUCCCCCCAGAGGCCCCCCAGAGUGUGCGUGCUGGGAACGAGACCCAGGGGACGGAUGGCAGCAGUGUGGGGGUACAGAUCCUCUGGGACCCCCCAAAAGAGGGAGACCUUCCAGUUCACCACUACAAGGUCACCUGUAGCGCUCGCAAUUCCCUUCGCCCCUCUGCACAGGACAGAAAGGACAAUGCCCGGGUCACCCAGGGAGCUGUGUGUGAGAUGGACCUCCAAGGUCUGCUGCCAGGUACCUCUUACCUGAUCCAGGUCCAGGCCAUCUCCUACUGGGGACAGAAACGCCUGAAGAGUGGUCGUGCCCAGCUCACCUUUACCACAAAAACUACAGGUUUGUCAUCUUUACCUGCCCCACCUGGUCCUGAGCAGACUAAAGGUCAGUUCUCCAACGAGCUCCCUUCCGCCCCUCACCUGGUCAACCCUGCUGCCCCCCACCAGGUCAACCCUUCGUCUCCCCACAACCUUCGCUUGGAAGCCGCUGCCCCACACUACCACAACGACCAGCUGCAGGUUAAGGUCUUCUGGAAGAGACGACACCAAGAAACCUAUAAGGACUCCACUACAUACGUCCUGAGGUGGUAUCCUCAUGUAUGUGCCAGCAACGUCAGCCAGACAGAGAACAAAGCCACAGUGCAGGGAACACAUUAUGUUAUCACGGGGCUGCUGUUCGCCUGUAAGUACCGGAUCGCUGUGGCGCUCGUAGCACCAGAGGGGGAUCAGAGGUCAGAAGGUGUUACUGCGGUAACGACCCCACCUUGUUCUGCGGUCAUGGCGAGAGGGGGCAAGGCCUUGCCCUGUGCCAGAGAAGAGCGCCCCCUGGUGUCCAAGAAGGUGGUACUGCGUCCUGAGAAGCUGACUGCAGAGUUCCACACGGUCAACGGUUCCCUGCAGGGACUGUUCCGCUGGCAGCUCUCCCAGACUGCACCGGGUCAGACGCCCAUCUCAGGGUUCCAGUUCUCCUGGGUGCAGGUGUCCUCUAGCGCCAUGGCAACAGAAGGACAGGGCACCCUUAUCUCUCAGACACAGAUAGUGGCCCCGGACCAGCGCUCUCUGACAGUGGAGUGGCUGCAGCCAGACAGUGUGUAUAAGCUACAGGUCCAGGUGCUGUCAGCAGGUGGCAGUGGCCUCUCAGUGGCCAGGACGCUCCAUACACCUCCCCUCAACACCACUCUGCUAUGAGGCUCCCCCCAACGUGCUGCAUCCUCUGCUGCUCGUCAUCACUAGCGCCGUAGUGUGUGUUGAGAACACCACCUCUACAGCCUGUAUAUGUGUCCACUAAAACACACAGACCCUGCCACACACACACACACACACACACACACACACACACACACACACACACACACACACACACACACACACACACACACACACACACACACACACACACACACACACACACACACACACACACACACACACACACCAAUGCCGUGCCAGUGCUGCACUGCUCUCUGUUGUCUUUAUCACACAGAGAUAUAUAUUGAGAUAUAUAUUGCAUGAUAGAGAUAUAUAUUGAGAUAUAUAUAUUGCAUGAUGAACGAAUCACCUUUACCUGAAAGAUCAGGUGAAUCUAUACCAUGGCCGUUACACGUACAAUACACGUUUAAUGUUUAGAGAUGAUACUUUUCAGUCGUGUAUAAUGCAAUCCUAAUUUACACAUGUCAAGAAAAAAUAUAUAGCACUGAUGUAUGUAGUGAUACCAAACUGUCUUUUUCAUUGAUCUCUACACAGUAUGUUCCUGAAAGUAAAAUGGCGUAAAGCAGUUUGUAACCUGUUGUAGUUUAGUAUUUUUGUAAUAUUGCGCUAUAAGUUAUUAUUUCAAGCAUAUGAUAACCCCAGCAGUGACUUUGAUGUAUGUAACCCUCUUAUAUAUCGUUGUUCCAGUUUUAUUUAUUGUGUUGUAAUUAAAGAGUAUUGUAAUAUG